GAAGCAGAACUUGAGUGCGCGUUACGAAGAUUGCAGGAAUAAACAACGCCAAUGCUAACAUACCUUGUUGCGUGUUUGUUAAUUCCUGCAGUCUCAUCUAUGCGUGGAGAAUGUAAAGUGGACCUCAUAACAACUGAAUUUGAUCAUAACCCGGAUGCUUGGAAGCUUAUUGGCAAGACGCAUAAAGACUAUUACCUGAUGUUUGUGUCCAAAAAGACAGUCGACCUGAAAAAGUGCGUUCGCACGGUCAGAAGCAUAAAUGUUCCCACGAAAAAGUUUAAUCGACAGCUAACGUACAGUUACUGGGAUGGCACUGAGCUACACACUGAAAAUAUAACUCUUGGAAUUAAAAAGACAAGCCAAUGUUACGUAUAUGAAAAUGAGGUGACGGCAACCAAGGGCAAAGGUGGAAAACGGGAAAAAUGGUACAGCGAAGUUAUAUACAGUGAUUACAGCACGUGCUUAUUAAUGCAAUCAAGAACCUUGGGAUACAACGUCUGGACGGCAGUGGAUUAUAUGAAACAACACAACGAAACUCCUUAUUUGUGCGUCCUCUUGUAUGAAAUUUUUGCCGGCACUGAAAAGCACUGGGUGUACGACUCAGAUUUAUGUACUCAACACCAAGUCAAGAUACCUUAGAACAAUACGCUUCUU